CUGAUGAUAUCGGUUUAGACAUUUUCCAAUUUAUGUGUAUAGGGUAGUUGUAGAGUAUUAUAUAGUCGGCACCGCCCGACUUUUGCCAUUCUUUAAUUGUUUCAAAGCGUAUAAUUACUGUUUUUGUUUCUUGGGCAUUUUACUUAUGGCUUUCCUACUUCAACUUUGUUAAUUUUUGUUGAGAUAAAGUAAUAGGUGGUAUAUUUUCAAUGAUUUUGCACCACUUUACUCGAUAGACUGCUGCGACUAGCCUCGCUUGCUAGACCAUUCUACACAACUUUUCAACAUAUUUUCAAUUCUGUGGUCGUCUUUGAAUUACAGCCGAAGACGACCACAUAAGCGUCUUUAAUGUCGUACUUUUUAUGAAUUGUCAGGCAAAAAAGCAACCUCUUGAUUUGCUACCCUUAUAUACUAAAGCGCAAUAAAGCUUAUGAAAGGACUGACAAAAAAAAUGAAUUUUAUUACAAUAACUUCUCUCCUUUAUUUCAUAAUUAAAGCCAAAUAGGUAAAAAGCCAAUUCUAAAGUAAUCUAAAUUUGUGUCAACCAAAAAGUAUUUUUACCAUGCAAACACCUGAUCAGUUUUUCAUGGCGUACAACUCAAUCUGUUCCCAAUCGAAAGUCUGCCUAAUGUAAACUUGGUUUAGGUUCAUCAACCGUUUGUGUUAUUUUUCGUGUUUUAUUUCCUUUUACAAUAGAUUAAACAAAAUGUUUAGGCAGCAACCUUAAUAGCAGAUAACCCUGACAAAUUCAUUUCACAUUUUCGAAUUAUUAAAUUACUUUUCAAAAUGUUGUGUUAAUUUAAAUAUAUUGUACGUUCAACAACCGUUGUUUGGCAAAUGAACUGAAAUGAGUCAUUUAAUAAUAAAGCGCAGAAACAUAGCGUUGGUAUCGAGGAAAAUACAAACGCCAACUGGAAUUGCGAAAAAGCAGUUUAACUUGAGUUCAAUGCUUUCUGACCGUAUUAUAUAGGUGUUAGUAAAGGCCUGUCGGUUGCACCAACUGUUUGAAACAGAAAAUAAUUAUACCCUUAGUGCAACACUGAACAGGCUUAGUAUCGAAAGUAAUUUUGAACGUUUCACAAGUUUUAAGCGGAUCAGUACAACCCGUUAGAGCAAACAAUCAACCACAUAUUUUGAAACAAUUUGAGAAAGGGAUCGUAUCCUUGGGACCACAUACGCAUUUGAGAGAAUUUUUUUAAACUGAAAUGGAACGUUGGCGCGGAAAGGUUGCUGUCGUCACGGGAGCUAGUGGAGGCAUUGGGUGGGCUAUUUGCAAGGAGCUUUUAAAUGCCGAUAUGAUUGUCAUUGGAUUAGCCCGCCGACUCCAGGCCAUGGAAGAACUGAAAACCCAGUUACCCUCUAACCAAAAAGACCGCUUCUUUCCCCGUGAAUGUGAUCUUACUUCUUUGCCCUCGCUGCGUACCGCUUUCCAUUGGUUGGAGCAGCGUUUCGCACAGAGAAUGCAUGUCUUAAUUAAUAAUGCGGGAAUGUGUGAAUUUUUUAAACUAUUGGAUGCUGGAAAUGAUGAGACUCUUAAACAAGUCAUUGAGGUAAAUCUUAUGGGUGCUGUGUAUUGUACCAAGGAAGCAUACCGUCUAAUGAAAAAAGCCAUGGAAUUUGGGGAGGAAUGUCAUGUGAUUAAUGUUAACAGUCUACUGGGCCACACCGUUCCGGAAGCUAUACCUGGAUGUGGUUUUAAUUUGUAUCCCGUUGCCAAGCAUGCCUUAAGAGCUACCAAUGAAGUUUUGCGAAGGGAAAUGUCUGAAGACAAGCUUCUACGUUUAUCGGAGAUUAGUCCAGGAUUGACUGAUACAGACUUUGGCACGAAGGAGCAAUUGUCAAGCAAUUUGGAUAAAUUCCCUAAUUUUGUGGAUCCAUUAAAACCAGAAGAUGUCGCGAGAGGCAUCGCAUUUAUUCUGGGUUCACCGCAACAUGUCACUAUAGCAGAAUUAUUGAUGGUACCAUCUACUGAAAAGUACUAAGCAAUGAGCAAUGCACUCUACAUUCUUAAUGAUAGAUAGCUGCAAACUAUGUAAUUGCAAUAAGUUAUUGUAUUCCAGUUAGUAAUUAAUUGACAGUGUGAAUGUUUAUUUAACGAAUGUUAACAUAACAACAAACUAGUAGAAAAAGGUUUAAAUAGAAAUUGUACAAAAUUUGUAUGAGUUUAAAGAUAGAGAAUUUUUUUGUUUUAAAGGAAAAAAAGCCAGGUUAUUAUUUUUGUUAUUUUAAAAUUUGUUUAGGAAAUUGCCAAA